AAAAAAAAAGAAGAAGGGAUCGGUGACGAUUUACUGGAAAUUUUUCAGGGUUAGAAAAUUAGAAAUAUAAUUUUCAAAUUUGAAAAUGCGUAUAAAUAAAGACACAACUAUAGUAGGUAAUAAUGUGGUUCUAAUCCCUUACAAAAAGGAGCAUGUUGAUAAAUAUCAUGAAUGGAUGAAAUCUACAGAAUUACAAAUGUUGACAGGCUCUGAGCCCCUCUCUCUGGAAGAAGAACAUGAAAUGCAAAAAUCCUGGUCAAUGGAUGAAAACAAAUGCACUUUCAUAAUACUAGAUAAAAAUAAAUAUGUGGAAACCAGAAAUGAAAUAGUGUCAAUGAUUGGAGACACAAAUUUAUUUUUUGCUAAUUGUGAUGAUAGAUUAUGUGCAGAAGCAGAAAUAAUGAUUGCUGAAUCAUGGGCUAGAGGAAGAAAAUGUGGUUGGGAAGCUAUGCUACUCAUGCUCAAUUAUGGAAUCAAUUAUUUGGGAGUGAAACAAUUCAUUGUCAAAAUCUCCUAUGCAAAUGAAAUAAGUUUGCACAUGUUCCAGAAAAUGGGUUUUGAGGAAGUAAGCAGGAGUGAAGUUUUUCAGGAAGUUACUCUUAGUAAAAUUGUUGAUGAUAAUUGGAUAAGAUGGCUCCAAAACAAUUUGGGAGAAUUUCAAAUCAAGUCCACAUAAGUUAUAUCAAAUUUAUUAUCAAAUAAAAGACAGCAUAAUCAGUACCAACCUUUUUCUUAAUAAGAACUAUUUUC